AUGUUCGAUACAUUAUUCCGUGGCCGGCGCAAUGACCGUCGAGCCCGCGAAGUAGCCAGCAUUGGCGAGUAUGAAUCACGUGCAGCUGAAGCGUUGGAGCGGAACGCUCAUGAAUUCUUCCGAAGUGGUGCCGGUUGUGAGCAGACGAUGCGGCUGAAUAGGUCGUGCUUCGAAAAGAUACGGAUCAGACCUCGAUGUUUGGCACGGGUCGGCAAUCGCAGUUUGGCCGCCAGCGCGAUGGGGUGUAACUUUAAGAUGCCGUUUGGAAUUGGACCGGUGGCACUCGCAAAGCUGGCACACUGUGAUGGUGAAAAGGCUUUGGCCCGGGCGGCAAGGUCCAUGGGAGUGCCCUUUGUUCUUAGUGCUCUGUCCAGUGUGUCACUGGAGGAUGUUGCAGAGGCAGUGCCAAAGACUCCCAAGUGGUUUCAGCUGUUCAUUUUUAAGGACCGAGAGAUGACCGAAAAUUUGAUUCGUCGUGCAGAGCGGGCUCGAUAUAAAGCCUUAGUGGUAACGGUGGAUUCACCAGUGAUUGGACUGAGAAGGUCGGAGCUUAAGAAUCCGACAAAUCUCCCGUCCAAAGUGACGUUGGCGAACUUUUGCCCUCCACAUAAUAAUGUUUGUUCGAAAAACAUUACGGAAUACGUGAGGAACCAGUUCGAUCCGACGGUGGGAUGGGACUCGUUACGGUGGUUGCUGAGCAUAACCAGUUUGCCGGUGAUUUUGAAGGGAGUUUUGACCAGAGAGGACGCUCUGAUGGCAGUGGAUCUGGGAGUGCAGGGAAUCAUUGUUUCCAAUCACGGAGGACGACAGCUUGAUAGUGUUCCGGCUACUAUUGAAGUUCUCCCGGAGAUCGUUCAAGCGGUAGGCAACCGCCUGACAGUGAUGUUCGAUGGCGGAAUAACCCAGGGUACAGACAUUUUCAAAGCCCUUGCCCUGGGAGCAAAGCUCGUCUUCAUCGGCCGGGCAGCUAUGUGGGGUUUGGCGGUGAACGGGCAGAACGGUGUCGAAGAUGUACUGGAUCUGCUAAAACUUGAGCUCGAUUCAGCCAUGGCAAUAUCCGGUUGCAAAACAAGCAAGCUAAUCACCGAGAACCGUGUCCGGUACGAGUCGGAAUAUCUGAUGCCACGCAUGCAUAUCCUGGAAAGAGCGGAUACUAGUAACUUUGAUGAAGAAGAGAAUGCUGUGGAACAUCAAGUGAGAGAGGACAUUAAAGAUGACGAAGACCGGAGCUCGCCGGAUCAGGAGGUAGAAGUGUUGAUUCCAACCGGCGAAGAUGGCUUGGAAAAGUUCCCGAAUGGAGGUGAUGGAGUGGAUGAGUGUGGCAAGAAUGUUAGUCCUUGGUGUAAAACGGUGAACACGGACGUGGUGGAGCUGGUGCGGGCUCCACCCAGAAUUACCCGGGAAGUUCGCAUCGUUCCGGAGGUGGCGAAAGUACUCAACAGGAAUAUUAAAGCGGAUAUUGCCCGGCGAGAUUAUUUGAAGAAUCGGUAUUCUAAUAGGAAGGCGGCUUCAAUGCACAAUUUAGCGGGUGGUACCAAGUUUACGGAAGAUUGUAGAUGUAUUAUGUAG